AUGACCUCCUUGCCCGUACCCGUGCAAGAUGUCGCCUCCCUGUCCAAGCGGUUCAAGGCGUGCUGCCGGCGAGCCAAGCUCUUUAACGCAGAUCAGAUCGUCCUCUCAAAGUUCGAAGAUCUCACGAACAAGCUUGGACUGAACCACGCCGAGGCAGGCCAAGUCUUCCGCGCCGCUGCUCGCACCGUGGCGCCCAGGCCCGCACCAGUCUUAGGCAUCCUCAUGGGUUCGCUGCCCGACGAAGUCGCCCCCUACGGAUCGGAGGACGCGGCAGAUGACACUGACGGCUCGAGCUCCGAGCCGUCUUCUCUUCAUAGUCCUGCAGCCGCAGCUGACACUCUGCUGUCAUCACUCAUUCACGAGAUCCAUGGCAACUUCGAUGGCCAGCCCGCUUCCUCAUCGGGCUCCUCCUCCCGUACAUCAGAACAGGGCUCGAACCGCUCACACACGAAGUCUCGAAGCAGCUCUCCGCCCGAGGUCGAUGUCCUCGGAUCUGGCGCAUCGGUACGCACCGCAGCGGCACAUACGGACAUCAUUGGUGGGAAGCGCAAGGCCUUCGACCAAGGCGACGCACUCGACAGCCGCGGGGCUCUCAACAACGGACCAGCCACAGGCGAGGCCUGUUCGGUUCACUGCGGUCAGAUCGAGGAGGCUCUCUAUGAUGGGCAGCCCCGCCGCAUCCUGACCACCGGCGACACGAGCCUUGAUGACCUGCUCAAUGGCGGAGUGUAUCGAGGCGCGUUGACAGAGAUCGUCGGCGAGAGCACAUCCGGCAAGACCCAGCUGGCCGUACAGCUGGCAGUUUGCGCGACGCUCGGUCUUUUGCCCACGGGUCGCGAGCUUGGUGCAAACGCUGUCCACGACUCUGCUGGCCCGAUGGCCUCGAACGACUCGGUAAAAGUCAGCGGUACGACGCCUCGCCUCGACGUCGGUGGCGCGACAGCAACGGCAGGCGGCUGCUGCGGAAUUGCCUACAUCACCUCGGGAGGGCACAGCGCUGCACAAGCCUUUGUCCGACGAGCCGUCGAAGUCGCAGACUCGGCGGUUCGCAAGCGACUCCGAAACGCUGCUGCGUCUGCUGAAAGUUGCCCCAAUCAACAGGACGAGGACGCCGCCGUAGAUCAAGCUAAGGGUCAGCUUUUGGCCAAUAUGCAUAUCGCCUGUGUCAACGACGUCGAGGCACUCGACCAUGCGCUCAAGUUCACGCUGCCAGGCCUUUUCGCGAGGACCCACCAGCCGGCCGCGACGCCGAGCGUCCGCUGCGCACAUACAAGCAGCGCUGGCCAGAGCGGGCAACAAGCCCCUAUUGGACUCGUCAUCGUCGACAGCCUCCCACCCCUGUUUCACGAAGAUUCUGCCACGCAAAGCAUGGACAAUCUCGUGCACAGGUCGAGGGCCCUCGUCGAGAUAUCAGACUCUCUGAAGCGACUUGCGGGAUCAAGUCCAGGGCCGUACGGCCAGCGCGCAGGAACCAUGGGCGCUGCAGUUGUCGUGCUCAACCAUGUGAGCGACGCUUUUGACGCAGAGAAAGAGAUCGCCAACCGCUUUGUCUUCUCCUCGUCGGAUCGCUUGCGGGCAGCGCGCAAAGGCAUCAAUACGCCCAACGAUGCAGCGCGCGAUGUUUGGGAGGCCGACGCGAUGCUUGCGCCUAUGGCACUGCCGUACGCCGAGCAGGGGGCCUUUUUCACCGGCCUGCUGGCCUCGGUUCCGCCGACUCUGGCCGAGACACUGAGCCUCGUCGAGCCUCUCCGAACGCCAUCCAGCUCAGGGAACCUCUCCUCGACGCAGCUUUACGCGCUACAGCCAAAGACAGCCCAGCUGGGUCACGUUUGGGCCAAUUCGAUCAACGUUCGGCUCAUGCUAUCAAAGACGAGGGGCCGAGUCUCGCCAGAUUCGGCGGGCCUCGAGUACGGCCUAUCCCGCGAUGCGACGAGUCCCCAACGUCCACAGCCUCACCUCCUCAACGUUCGUCGCGCCACGGUGGUUUUUUCCUCGUGCGGGCCAUCCAUGCUCGACGGACCAGGGAGCUCAUGGACCGGCGUCGGCCCCAAACGGACCCGGGUGUCGGAUCGGCGAAACGUUCGGUUCGUCAUCCGUCCAGAUGGCGUGGUUGCCCUGAAGCCAUACACGUCGUUGAUGGUGGAAGCGAGGCCGCCUGCGCGCGAAGCGUCCAACGCCCCCGACAUUACCCCGGGAACGGCGAGGAUAACCCCGUCGGCGACGCACGACGACGAUGCGCACUCCGAGACCCUUGACCUCGACAACGACCAGCUCGCCGCUUUCGAGGCGGAUCUCCAGAGCGCCUCGCUCUCAAUCGACUGA